UGCGCCAAUCCUGACCAACGGAGGGCAGCUGAACUGAGUCUCAAUCAGAAUCAGUUUGAACCCCAGCAUUUGGUGAGAUUGUUGCAGAUCGUAGUUGAAGCUAGUUAUGAUUUAGCAAUUAGACAACUCGCUAGCAUUACCUUAAAGAAUAUCAUUGCUGAAGACUGGGCAGGCGUACCAUCAAGGAUUUUGCCUGAGGACAAGCAUGUUGUGAGACAGAACAUACCAGACCUUAUUGCUCAGGUUCUGCCAAUUCUAAGAGCACAGCUGGGGGAAUGCUUGAAAACAAUUAUACAUGCAGAGCUCUCUCCAGAACAAUUGCCAAAUCUUUUGCAUUGGGUAAAUGUUAGUUUGCAGGAGCAACAAGUGUAUAGAGCUCUGUUUGUGCUUAGGAUUCUCGUCCGGAAAUAUCAAUUUGAUCAAGCUGAUUUGCAAAAUAUUCUGGUCAUCCAAAUCCAUAUAUACGGAGAUCCCAAAGCUGUUAUUUGAUCCAGUUGUAUUCAAUGACUGGAUGGUUCUUUUCUUAAAGAUAUUGGUGAGGCCUGGACCUGCAGAAGGACAGCCUGAAGAUCCCGAGCUUAGAAAAACAUGGGGAUGGUGGAAAGUAAAGAAGUGGACGCUUAAG